AUGCCUGAUAAGCAGGCUGUUGUUACUCUUUACCCGCUCUUCCAGCCAGAUGUCCUGCCAUUCCGCUCCCUAACGUUCGCUCCCGAUACCGACUUCGUGAAGAUUGGCCGGGCUUCCAAGCGGGAAGCGAAGGGUCUGGUCCCCGCUCACCAUAAUGCAUUGUUCGAAUCGAGGGUUAUGUCCCGGGAUCAUGCGCAGUUGAGGGUAUGCUUUGAAAAGAAGGAUGUCUACAUACGGGACAAUGGCUCCAUGCAUGGUACCUGGGUUAAUGGUAAAAAGAUAGCGAUCGACAAGGAUGUCACAAUCCAUAGUGGUGAUGUUGUGACAUUUGGUACUGAGGUUAUACGUGGCGAGGAUACAUAUCCGCCAUUGAGGGUUCGCUGCGAGUGCCAGUGGUUUGACAUUGAACUUGGCAGGGAGGGGGCUUCGAAUCCCAGAAAUGCACAGGAUAACCUGAAGACGAACACUUUCUGCGUUCCUGACGACGACGAUGAGGUAAUUCAGAUUGCCGAUGAAGCCCCGAUGGACUCUGCAUCGAGUGGAUCUUACGUGCCAGACGACGCAGACAUUUGCUCAGACUCUGAUCAUCACCAACCUGCUGGAAACUCGACGCCCAUGACUUCACCUCUGAAAAAGGAUGUUUCUGUGGAGCUAGCCGAAAACAAAUCCUCUGCCGCCGCCAGUGAGGUUCAAAGCCAUGUGAACCGAUCACAGCAAAGUCCAAUUGAUCUUGACGAAGAGAACAUCGAGCAUCCUCUUGUAACUCCACGGAUGACCCCACCGUCCGUUGAGGACACUUACGAAGGUUCCUAUGCCGGCAUAGCAGACGAUAUGGACGGCAUUGACUAUGCUCCAAAUGCUGAGCCAGCACUUACUGGUUUCAGUCGAGGGGACUCGGCCACUGGAUCUGAUGGCUGGGAAGAAAGCGAAGAUCAAGACGACUCUGACGAUGACUUGAUUUCGCACUCGUCUCUGGGUGUCGACACCGAUGCGUUUGUUAGGGAGGCCGAUGCUAUCGGAUCCGACAUCCCUUCGACUUCAAUGGUCUAUGAAUCGCUAGUAGCGGUGGCUGUCAGUAAGGGAGCCCUGUCGCAGGAGGAAAACAGAUGGGUAUCCCCUCAAAACGAUGCACCUUGCUCGAUAGCGGUUACCAGCAACGAACAAGUCAGUCUCCAGCCUGCUGCUCCAACCCUGAACAGCUGGAAAUCCACCUCGAACGAAGAUUCGACCGGGUCAACUCCCCUCAAGUUCGGCUGGUCGCCCAUCCCACAGUCUCUCGGAAUCUCCAAUUCGGCUUCACGGUCCAGUGGAAGAUGGCUCGACCACUCACUUACCUGUUUCCAUCACACUACAUCGCCACCAGGUGCGGAAGAAUGGUCGCCGAGAGUUGGCUUUCACCCUGUCGAUCCUUUAAAGGAACGUGAAAGCAGUUACAGUGCUAUAUUGCAAGAUCAUCCGACAUCACUUGCUCCUUAUUCUGAUGGACCAUUUGUCAACAGACAGACACAUACAGCUUUCGAUGAAUUCGAUAAGGGGAACAGAAUUCGCUCUACCGUUGCUAACAUGAACAAUGAUCAGCCAAGUCAAGAACAACGGGCCAACGCAGAGGGAACGCAGUCUCGGGAAGACAGCAGUCGCGUAGAUCUGCAGUCAAAGCCUCCUUUAAUCUCAUCCAUGGCCAGUUCAGGGGCCACUCGGGACUCCAAUACACGUCUUUCUAUCGCUGACAUUGUUGACACUUCAGCGUGGGCAGCAGCAUGUGGCGACAAGCCAUCGCGGAAGAGGAAGGCUUCUGAAAUGGAGUCGGACUCGGAGGAGCUUGAUCAGAACCUUGCCAGGCACUUCCCUCAUGUCACUUCCGUCGAAAUUAGUGAUUUGCUUGACAGGAAAUCUACCAGUGGGUCUGCAGAGUCCUUCUCUCAAGACGCUCAGCCACAAGUUCCACCCGUUGAUCUGGACGCCUCGCUCUCGCGUCUUACGGGGCUUCACACCGUUGCCAAAACUCAGAAUACCAAUGUUCCUCCCAAAGCUGCUGCUCCUGAAAGUGAACGACCAUCGAAGAAGCAAAGGGUUUCGGGCGCAGGAAGCUUUGGAAGCCAUGCUGCUAGUGUUCUUCUCGGCGCUGUGGUUGGUGGCUUGGGUACAGUCGCUCUUCUAGCCUCGCUUCCCGCUGACUACUUCGCUUAA